GACAUGUUUGCCAGAAUUGUCACAGAACAUACUUCGGAUUCAGCAUGAACUCGGGACAAUCUGAUGCACCCGAAGGCUACGUGACCAUUGCUCGAUACAAUGAGCUAUUACUCAAGCAUGAAGCUCUAAGGAAAGCUUUCCACGAAUACCGGAAGGAGGCUGAAGAUCGCUCCUCGAAAGCCGCCCAAAAGAUACGAGAAUCAAAGGAUACUGUUCGCAAAUGGAAAGACUACAUCGACAAGAAGCUCGCAAAACAGGCUUUGCGAGACGCCAAUCGCGACUUCGAAAAUCAGGACUUCGCCACUCCCCGUGCUGUUCAAUCCAAUCUGGAAAACAUCGAGGAUGCUCUUGCUCUACCCCAUCCGGCCCUAGAAGUUGUUAGGAACACAUCUGCCGCGCCAUCACAUUCUCCAACUCGCAGUAGGAUCACCUCCAGCCAGACCACCGAAGGCGAAGCUCGUUCCAGCUCUCUUGCCCAUUCUGAUGACGCGCCCAUCGUCGUGUCCGCAAAGGCUCUCAAGAGAAAACGCGACUCGCCGAAGAAGGAUUCGCAAGCUUACAAGAUCAAGAACGAGCUCUUGAGUAGCAGUCCGCAUAACUCGCGUACCCCUCUACCUACCCUAUUUCGGACAGAAACCUCCGACUUGGACGUCUACCGGGAACAGCCUCUUCCCCUUCCUCAACUACGGAAGCCCAACUUCAUAGGGCAUCCGCUCAGUCAAGCCCCCUUGAGACAGUCAGCAGAUCGAGACAUGGAGACGGUUAGACGUACGGCUGAACAAUUCGAAACCCCUACAGCAAAUCGUAGAUCGAAAGCUUGCUCGCCAGUCGACGAGCCAGCCCCGAACCCUGACGAGAAUGGCAAUAGUAUCGAAUCUCAGCUUUCCGAUAGUACUGUGAAGACUGUAAAGACGGAACCUGGGCUCUCUAAAUCGAGGGAAAACAUGUUGGUCAGAACAAUUAGCAAGAGUGUUGGACUCCAGGAAUCACGGCCGCAUGGUGGUCCAUUGCAAACCCUGAGCCCCAACACGCCAAACUUGCCUCGCACGAGUGCUGUUCCUAUGACAUCCGGCAAAAAGCUUGACCAUAGCAGAGGAGCUCAUGCUGUGCAUGUUCUGUCAGAAGAUGGAGACAACACCGCCCGUGGGUUUAAGAAACCACGUGUUGAUGAUGAAACGCCCAAGGCCGUCGGUACUGGAAGAUUGAGUGGACUUCUUGAAGGGACAUCACCUCAGGUUGAUAGAACAAUUCUGAGUCCACGUUCCGCCCCAGCUAUUCGACGACAGCGCGAAUGGCUGGACAAUGCCGUUACGAAGGAGCUGGAGAAGCAUGAAGUCUCAAGAUCAGUUGAGAGACCCGUCAGCCGUAUCACGAGGACAGUCCGAGAUAGGCCAAUCCCUCGUCCUGCUGUUGUGAGAUACAAUUCAAAGCUGGCAACCGCAGAAGAGCCAGGUCCCAUUCUUCCCGAACACGAGCCUCUGCGCGCCCGACCUCUCCAACGACUUAAUCUGGAUGAUUUCAAGGUAAAUCCCAAGUACAGCGGAAGCCUAGGAUUCGCCUACCGUGAGAGUGUCCGCAAGCGCGAAGAGAAGAAGUGUCUGCCUGGUUGUACGAAGGAGGAAUGUUGUGGUGCAAUCCGAAGGUUUAUUGCCGCAGGCGGCUUGCCACAGGAUACCUCACUCACCGACGAUGAGUUGACGCUGCAAGGAUACUUGGGUUCGGCAUAUGCGACUUCAAUCCACAAAGCGACAGCAGAGGAAAGGCAGAACAUGUUGAUCGAAGCAAGGGCCAAGGCGUUUGCAGACCGCCAUGGCAAGCAUAGAGAAAAGUUCCAGAGAAACCCAUCACCUCCUGGGUUCUGGCGUGCAGAGAUGCCCUCGACUCAAGAGAUGGAAGAAGAUCGAGCAGAGGCAGACAAGAUGGAUAGACAAAGGGUAGAAGAAAGGUGGAGGGAUGCCAUGAGAGGUGGUGGCAGGUAUAUGUUCCGCGAUGAGGCCUGAACAACCCUAUGCCUGACUCUUCAUACUUGCUUCCCUUCUGCUAUUGCUCACAGUAUAUUGUACGAUUAUAGAGCUUAAUACGAGCAUUGAGCGGUUAGUUCCUGAAUCACCUCAUCAUAUU